CCAGAGAGUUUUCUCCCAGGAGAAAGAGGGCUGGAUGUUCUUUCCUGUUCAGGAAAACAACACAGAGUGGGUGGUACGUUGCACUGUCCCCUCUCCCCCAUUGUUACAGACAAAGGGAGAAAGAUGGCUGCUUUAUUGCUGCUGCUGUUCAGCAUUGGAGCCUUGUUCUUUUCCUCUAAUGCACAGGAGGCUUACAAUAAACUCCCUGAAACCUACAGGAAAGGAGUGGAUCUGGCCCUGGAGAAACUCAGCUCGCAUGAUGGAAUCCAGCACCAUUUUCUCUUCCUCAGAAGUAUUACAAAGUCAGACAUUGAGUCUGGUUUUGAUGUGAGCUACAUCUACCACCACUUCUACCUUAAAGCCACCAAGUGUCAAAAGGGAACGGUUGACUCCACAGCGUGUCAGUUCAGAAACGACAGACCGCUGAUAGACUGUGCAGUCUGUUACAAAACAUUUGGAGGAGAAAUUGAACAGGAGCCCAAACCGUAUGUUCACUGUGUCCACAAACCGGCCCUUACAGAGGAGAUGAAGGCGGGCAGAGUAGAGCACUGCAAUACAAUGGGUUACAGUAGUGGAUCCCUAACUCUUCUGCAAUCAACAGGAACAAAGUGAAUACUUGGAUGAUUCAUUUACUAUCUACUUUUGAAGCUAUUUUUUAAACUAAAAGCAGAUUACUACAUUGUUGUUAAUGUUCACACAACCUCAUAAGUAUUCUCUCUGUAGUACGAUAAUUUUUGAAUACAUUUUAGCAAGAUUUUAGAGUCUGCAAUUUAUGCAAAUAUGUUAGAAUGUUGACUUUGUUUAACAAAAUAAUCAAUAAAGUUUAAUUUGUUAACAAUCAAAA